GACAGUGUGACAGCUUUUUAUUUACUUGUCAUUCAUAUAUUAUAAAUGUAAAAACUGAUCCGCCUCCUUUGUUCAUGUUCAAAGUGUUAAACAAACAGCGUCUACGUCAAACUGCUCCACUUCCUGGACUGUGUCAAAGCCUGAUAACUCCUCCCUCUUCUUCCUGAAACACUGUGAAUGUAUUUCCUUGUUCCCUCCCCUUUAGAUCUGCAGUUUGAAGAUGGGUAUAACAAACAUGUUGUAACAUUCCAGAGCCGACAGGCUCCAUUCACUGCAGAAAAGUAUGUUAUGACAUCACAGGUCAGAAUGCUUUCGUUUCUGCCAAAGAGAAACUGAGAGGAGAAAUGGCGCAGAAAGGAGUUCAGCUGGACCGAGAAACUAUUUCUUGUUCCAUCUGUUUGGAUCUACUGAAGGAUCCGGUGACUACAACCUGUGGACACAGCUACUGCAUGAACUGUAUUAAAAGUUUCUGGGAUGAAGAGGACAGGAAGGGAAUCCACAGCUGCCCUCAGUGCAGGAAGACUUUCACACCGAGGCCUGUCCUGGAGAAAAACAUCGUGUUAGCAGCUUUAGUGGAGCAGCUGAAGAAGACUGGACUCCAAGCUGCUCCAGCUGAUCACUGCUAUGCUGGACCUGAAGAUGUGGCCUGUGAUGUCUGCACUGGGAGGAAGCUGAAAGCUGUCAAAUCCUGUUUAGUCUGUCUGGCCUCUUACUGUGAGAAACACCUCCAACCUCACUAUGAUGCACCUUCAUUUAAGAAACACAAGCUGGUGGCCCCCUCCAAGAAGCUCCAGGAGAACAUCUGCUCUCGUCAUGAUGAGGUGAUGAAGAUUUUCUGUCGUACUGAUCAGCAGAGUAUCUGUUAUCUCUGCACAAUGGAUGAACAUAAAGGCCAUGAAACAGUCCCAGCUGCAGCAGAAAGGACUGAGAAGCAGAAGGAGCUCGAGGUGAGACGACUAAACAUCCAGCAGAGAAUCCAGGAGCGAGAGAAAGAUGUGAAGCUGCUUCAACAGGAGGUGGAGGCCAUCAAUGGCUCUGCUGAUAAAGCAGUGGAGGACAGUGAGAAGAUGUUCACUGAGCUGAUCCGUCUCAUCCAGAAAAGAAGCUCUGAUGUGAAGCAGCAGGUCAGAUCCCAGCAGGAAACUGAAGUGAGUCGAGUCAAAGAGCUUCAGGAGAAGCUGGAGCAGGAGAUCGCUGAGCUGAAGAGGAAAGACGGCGAGCUGGAGCAGCUCUCACACACAGAGGAUCACAACCAGUUUCUACACAACUACCCCUCACUGUCAGCACUCAGACCGUCCCAGGAAAGGAAGACCAAGAGUCAGCUCUGAUAAUGAAGAUAAAUUCAUUCGAGUCACCAGCCUCAGAAAUGACAAGUUAACAGCACCUCAGAUUAGAGCCGAGCUGAAGGAGGAAAACCAAAAACAAGAAGGACAUGACUGUUGAAAGAACUGCGUCACUCGUCUUCUUCACUUUACUGGUUGGGGGCUUGUUGAUCUCUGCAG